AUGAUGGCGGCGGUGGGGCGUCCCGCGUUGUUUGUGGUGGCCGUCGCGCUGUGCUGCAUGGGUGGCUGUGCAGCGGCCACUGCUGAGGGUGAUGAUGGCAAAGACCAAAUGAUUGUUAGCCUAAGGAAGGCGAAGGAGAAGGCGCUUAAGGCGAAGGAAGCGGUGAAUGAGGCCAAAAGAGAGGUGGACGCAAUCAAGGAAGCAACGGAGCAAUUCAAGAUAGCGGCGGGAAAGGCGUCACUGGCAGCUUCCAAGCUAAAUGAGAAUGUGAAGGAGGGGGGUAAUAUUGUGAAGGAGAAAAUUGCUGAGGUGAUCGGCUUGGCGAAGGACGCAGAGAGCACGACUAAGACGUCUCACGAAUUCGUUAUUUCAAUCGGGAAUAAAGUGAAGGAGACAGAAAAAGCAACAACUAAGGCAGGGGAGUUGUUAACGGACGCGGAGAAGACGGCUGGUAUCACAGCGAAAAAAUCGGUUGAAGAUAUCAGCAGAGAAGCAGAGCCCGCACAGAAAGCAUUCAAAAAACUACCAGAAGUGUUGUCUGCGCUGAAACAAGCCCAGAAUAGUGCUGAAGAGGCAAAAAAAGCUGCGACGAAGGAUGGCGGUGCUGUCGAGGCCAUGAAGAGCGCUAAGAAAGCGUACGAAUCUGUCAAAGAUAAGAGUACCGAAACACAGAUAUCUGAAACCAACGAACUAAAGACGGCUGCUGCAGAAGCUGCAAAAUUCACAACGGCUGCAGUGGGACAUGCUGACACGGCGUCAAGUGCUGCUAAGCAAGCAUCUGAACGCGCUGGAGAAGCCGCCAAGAGCGCUGAGUUAUUGCUGACUGACAUCGACGCUGCAUUGCAGGCUGUUACAGAACGACAGAAGGAACCUGAGGCUUCACCUUCAGAUGCUGAUUCUCCGUCACAGGACGAGUCGCACAGCCAGAGUCUCCCACAGGAUCCACUGAGCAGUACUUCCACUGGUGGCAAGCCUACUGAUCAACCACAAGGUGGCACCACGGAGACCGACAAAGAGCAGUCCUCAUCAGUACCAUCGGAAGAUAAAACUGCCGCAGAAUCCUUGGAGAACGCUGCUUCUCAAGCUGCUGAUGCGCCACUGACACCUCCCAAGAGCGAUGCACAAAACACCCUGAGUGAU